UACCCGUCCGUCAAUACAAAAAUCGAACAUUUUCACCAUUUUCAAGGAUUUUCGCACUUUCUCCUUCGAUAACUCCUAUAUCUAGUCAUACACGUAUAGAAUCCCAAGACAAAUUUGUUAUGUGGGAGUUAUGGAAGAUGAUGGACAGGAAAAAGAAUCAAGUUUAAGAAAAGAUCCAGUAUUCUGUUUUAAAAGCAAAAAGUGUUCUAAGGAAAACAACCAUAAAGGAAGGUGCAACAGCGAGAGAAGAAAUUGGGGUGAAUUUUGGAAGUAUUCCACAAAGCAGAAGCUGCAAAGCCAAAAGAGACAGCUUSGAGAGCAAAGGGCGGAAUACAGCGCCAAAGAAGCUAGGCUAGAUGAAAUUGAUGAACAAAUUACAAAGAAAAAAGAAGAAGCAGCUAUUGCUAACCAUGUGUUUACUGGAACUUUAAUCUAUGAUGGCUAACAUGUGAGGUCUCUUCCAAUCCAGCAGAAGGGAGUACCUUUUUUAUCUAAUCACCUUAGCUAUAGAAGCCAACCUAAUAGUUUUGAAAGUGUUAUAUUUACUACUA